AUGAUGCAAUUGCAACAGGAUCUAGUGACGGAUUGUGUACAGUUUUUGAAAUCGGUAAGAAAUUUUCUACGUGAAUGUGAAGAACCGUACCGGGAAGAUGAAGGUGAAUUUGAAGCAAAUGCUGACCAGCAUGGGGAUCAAACGUAUUUGAACGUGUUACAAAACAAACAGCCUGAGGAUGAGCGUGGUCGGUUGAUGGUUCAAUGUGAGGUACUGCUAGAGAGAUUCGAAAAAAGUGCCAGUAUGGCCAGCUUGCCAAAGCAAAUCGAUCAAGUUAAGGAAGAAGAUGAAUAUCGGGAAGAUUUGAGAGAUGAAGAAGAAAAUUCUUAUCUAGAUAUGAGUGGAUCAAAAACUCUCAAAGCAAACACGAGCUCAUCGAAUGUUAGCAUCAGCGAAUCGAAAGAAGACUGGCCCUUACAGCAUCAGCACGAUGAAUCGUUCGAUGAGGAGAUGCUGUUUGACACCCCACAGGAAAAUUCAUACGAGCUCACGACGGACCAGAUUCUCUACGACGAGUGCCAGCAGGAGGUAAGCUACGAGCAGGAGCUGCCAUCCCCAACCAUCCCCGUUCUGCGUACGCCCACACCAGAAACCGUUCUUCACGAAAGUCAAUGCCCUUAUGGUGGUCUUCCAGCGUCUCAUUUGCGUCUUCAGCAGUCCCCCAAGCAUGGCACCCUCUUCAAGCAAGAGAAACGCUUGUUUUUCGAUCAGUUCAAGAAGUACUACGUUGGGCUGAUCGACAAAUGGCUGCUGGUGUACAACAGCCACAACGAUCUCAAACCCUGGCAAACGAUCCUUAUCAAGAGCAUCAAGCUGAAUCUGAACCUGAACGAGCAAAUCAACGAGAAACAUCUGUUCCAGAUCAUUACGCACACCGACUCGAAGGUACACUUCCUAUCGCCCAGCUUCCAAGAUCUGAACGAGUGGAUCGUGGCGAUCGAGAACAAUUUGAUCGAAAAGGUGGAACGGCCUGCUGUGGAAGAGGGUGCGGGACUGCGGGAAGUCCCACGGAAAUUACCAUUACCACCCUGUCCUGAUAAGGACGAAACCGAUUUGCAUCCGUCCACCGGUCUGGUAGAGGACGGCAUAUACGAGGAACCGUCACUGUGCCUAAAACCCGAAAUGCACUCAAAGCCUAAAGUCGGGCACGGUUACGAUACUCCGAAACCGUGCUGUACCAGCAGCAACUCGAAUACUUGCAGCAAUGCACCACAGCCGAAGCCCGAUUUACCGGCCAAAUCAACCGACACGUGUAAUACAUCCUCCACUCCAACACCGGUCAAGAGUUGGCUAAAGAGCCGCUUCAAUCGAUCUCCCUCGACGGAUUCGACGGACGCAAAAACUGCCAAGAAAGCGCUCAAGAAGCUUUCCUUCGAGGAACUGGCCGUCCCAGAAGCGAGCAGCUCGAAACCGAUACCGGUACCUUCGUCGCCCAAGUUUUCGCUCUCCACUACGCCCUCGAGCAAGGGCACGAAGAUUAACAUGAUCAUCAGUCAGCUGGAGGCAAAUGGGCAGCUAAAUUUGCUCUCGAAGCGGUUGAACGAUACCAACAAGCGGUACACGUGGGUAGCGGAUGGUGUUACCAGUUGAGG